AUGGCCCCGGCCGACUCAGCCGAGUGGGAACUCCCCAGGCUACGUGCAUCCUUCCUCUUCCAGGACGACUAUAAAUACCUCUCCGCAAAUGAUCAAGCAGCAAGUCAGGACCUGGCCGAGUUCUUUGACGUUAAGUUCUACCCAUACAACCCGCCAGGCGCUCCUCCGGUUUUCGCUGUGACUAGUAAGAAGCAUGCCGUAGUGUGCCGGUUGACGCAAACAGACAAGGACACCCAGCCUUGCGAGAUCAUACAGCUUAUCAGGGACGACGGUGACGACGCCAACUGCGCGAGCUGCUGGUCAAGGGAUCCCGCCACUGAGGAACCGCUGCUCUGUAUUGCCGGCACCAACUCCAACAUCAAAAUCUACAACGUAAAGCAGGGAAAGUUGGUCAAGACCUUGGUCGGCCACGGAGGCGGCAUCAACGAUCUCGCAACCUCGCCAGCCGAUCCGCUUAUCGUCGCCUCGGCCUCGGACGACACCACCAUCAGGAUAUGGAGCCUCGCAGCAGCCCACGAGAAGCAACCCUGUGUCUGUAUCCUAGGCGGUGAGAGUCACUCAUACGACUUGCUUAGUGUGGCUUUCCAUGACAACGGCCGCUAUCUCUUGUCUACUGGCCAUGACCAAGUCAUCAAUCUGUGGGCGCUUCCGGAAUUCCCAGCCGAACACCUCGACGUCCCCUUUGUGUUCCAAUAUCCCCAUUUCUCAUCUUCCGAAAUCCACCACAACCUCGUCGACUGCGUGGCCUUCCACGGCGACCUGAUUCUCUCGCGGGCCUGCCACGAGGACUCGAUCGUGCUCUGGCAGAUCGAGGGCUUCUCGUCGGCGGACCCGAUCCCGGGCCCGCUGGACGCGCCGACGCCGACCGACAUGGCCAAGCAGACGCGGUCCUACUUCACGCCGACGCUGUCGCAGGACCGCCGCGCCAUGUUCACGCGCCUGGCCCAGUUCCACACCCCGGACUGCGGCGUCCAGUUCUUCAUGCGCUUCCGCAUCUUCCACGCCCCCGGCCGCCACCCCAUCCUCGCCUUCGCCAACGCCCGCUCCCGCACCUUCUUCUGGGACUUUGCCCGCUUCGCCUCCUACAGCCGCUACAUGGCCGACCUGCGCGACGCCCAGAAGGCCGGCAAGCCCCUGCUGCCCGCUACCGCGGCCGCGGCCGGCGGCGGGGAGGCGCCUGCGGUCCAGAAGCCCGCGUGGCUGAUGGUCAAGCGCGGGAAGAAGGGCGCUGCUGCCAACGCGGUGGCCCAGGCCGCGGCGGGCGAUGGGACGCCGAGUCUGAGGUCCUUCGUGAUGGGCGGUGGCGGCGGUGGCGGCGGUGGCGGCGGCGGCGGUAGUGCCGGCGCGGGGGACAAGGAGUCGAUGGUCUCGGCGAGCCCGGACCCGGAGAGCGUCGUCACCGGCCUGGGGCACAGCAAGGAGACGCUCCAGGCCUGGGCCGAGAUGUAUGACCUGUCGAACCCCGUCGGCUAUGUCAAGGCCCAUCGGACCCUGCAGAUCGACGGCGGGUUUGUGGGCAGGCAGGUGGGCUGGAGCCCUGAGGGGGAGUGGUGCGUGGUGGUGGGCAAUGGGAACAGGGCGCUGAUCUACCAGCGGUGGGCCAAGGAGAAGGGGGUGGCCACGACGGUGGCUUGA